AUGCCGGGAUGAGGGAGGGGCCCUGACUGCAGCCAUGUUUUUGUACGGCAGGGGCGCAAAGCACCCUGGGUCCGACUGGUUUGAUUUUUUGAAGGCGUGGACGGCGGGAACUCUUUUCCUUGUCAUGGGUGAGCGAGAGGAGCAGAGCAAGGAAAUCUCGGUCCGUAUUACCGCUUGCCUGCCCAACUUCAUAGGAGGGCCUGUGGAAAUCUGAGAUGGAGUGGGCGAAUGACGGCAAGUCCAAAGGAGGUGUUUUAGCUCACUUGGAAAGACUAGAGAUUCAAGUGAACAGAUCCCGUAAAAACUUAGAAGAUCUGCAGAGAGCACAGGCAGUUGAAAGCGCUCUUAGGACCAAGAUUCAUAAACUGAGAUGUCUGCGAGAUGAGCUGAGAGCUGAAGUGAAGCAACGUCAAGCCAGAGUUAGAGCAUCUACUGCCAGUGUAGAACACGACCAGACGCUGGAAAUCAGUGAACAAGAAGUUAUGGAAAGAAGACAGGAAAAGGUGAAAGCCAUUCUGCAGGCCUAUCGUUUUACAGGGCUCAGUGGGAAACUGACCAGCCGAGGGGUCUGUGUCUGCAUCAGCACUGCUUUUGAGGGAAAUCUGCUGGAUUCCUAUUUUAUCGACCUUGUCAUACAGAAGCCACUUCGGAUACAUCACCAUUCAAUUCCAGUCUUCAUUCCCCUAGAGGAAAUAUCUGCAAAAUACUUACAGAAUAAUAUUCAGCACUUCCUGUUCUGUCUUUGUGAAUACCUAAAUGCUUAUGCCGGGAGGAAGUACCAGGCAGAUCGACUUCAGAGUGACUUUGCAGCCUUUCUGGCCGGGCCCUUGCAGAGAAACUCGCUGUGCAACUUGCUGUCAUUUACUUACAAAGUGGAGCCGCGAAGUCAGUUCCUAUUUCGUGCUAGACUGCUGUAUAAGGACCUCACGACAACCCUGCCAACUGACGUCACCAUUACGUACCAAGGAAUGGAUGCAUUAUCCCCGUCGUGGGAAGAACAGCGAGCAUCCCAUGAAAAUCUGUUUUUUUCGAAGCCCCUACAUCAAGUGUUUACUUCAUUUGCAAGAAAAGGAGAAAAGUUGGAUAUGAGCCUGGUCUCCUAGAAUAUUUUCAUUGGGAACAUGUCAAAAGUAAAAGGAAAUAUUGCACUUUCUGCUCUCAUGACUAAGGUGGCAGGGGUUCCAGAAGAACCUUUCAAGAUUAUCAGGAACAUCAGCAUGAGGGCCAGUUCACCUAACCCGGACCAUAUGGAGACGAGCAGGUCUCCAGCUUGAAAGAUUGCUUCCAGGUGAGCGCAGGGGAGAACACGUGCCUGCUUAGCCGUCAGGUCCUGCCAAGUCCUUGUCUGAAGCACAGCUUUCCCAUCUGUGCUCCCAGCCCAGAAGCAAAGGCAGCUUUGUUCCACCUCGGACACAUUUCCUGCUCACAGUGGCUGUGGCCUCUCCGGGGCAAGGAGGGCUGGUGAGACCCAGGGCUCUGGAAGGAUUGUUCCAGUACUAUGCCUAAGAUCCCCUACUCUCUGAGGAAGCUACAGGCACACUGAGGAAUACUAUGGCCACCCUCAGAGCUCACGUAUCCAUGAACAAAUGAAGACUUGAGAUUUUUAAACCUAAAGUCUAUGUGAGUGUGCACUUCGACAGUUUGGGAAUGUUGGGACUUGGUCAUGUGUCCUUUCCCAAGGCCUUUGUUUCUAAAAAUAGAUUCUACCUUCCCAUUUGGACUGUGGUGGGGCUAGAGGCCAUUCAGGAGUUGUCCACCACCUGGUGGGGCAGGGUGACCGAGGAGCCAUUCGGGAAGGCAGCUGGCUUAUCACGCCCCUUUAAGAAAAAGGUUAGCAGCUCCCCUUUCCCUUUCACAAAGAUUGUCCCUCGCCUCACAAAGCGGAAGCCGUACUCUCGAAGGAUGGCUUGUGUUUCUUCCACCACCUGUAGAGGGAGAACAUUGUAUGAGCUCAGACCGGGAUGGCCCAGAGGUGUCCACACGGGGGCUGCAGGUCCCGGUGAGCCCACCUGUAGUGGUCUUCUCCAGACCUCUCGGGCCAGGCCCCUCAGUCUGCGCACCAGUGGGCACAGGGUGGUUUGCCUAGGGCCUGUCCCUCUCCUAGUGAGAGCACAUGCUGUUUCCAGAGGACAGCCCCAGGGCACCCCCGGUGGCAGCAUCACUCCCUGUUCUCAUGUCCCCUCUCCCCGCUUUGUGGCGCUUUCCUGCCAGACCCAGCUGACACGGCUCGGGGUGGCUUUAGGGGGAAGCUAUUAGAGGCACAAGAGAUCAGAAAGUUCAUACCAAGUGGUGGGAUAGUCUUACCAAGAACUUAAGCCUAAAUUUUGGAAAGGGGGCUGAAGUAUAUCCUCCCUUCGACUGAGGCAACUCUUCCCACCCUUGCCUGCGAGCUCCCAGAACCACCUACCUGCUUCUCUGGGCCCACAGAAGGGAGGCAGUAGCGCAUGGCAACACGCCCUGUUCCGAUUUUGUUCCUGCCCCCUGGGUCUAAGCACACGCUUCGCUCUGCUGCUGGACCUACCUGAAUGUUGCCCAUGACCCCUGUGGACUCCAUCCUGCUGGCCACAUUGACUGUGUUGCCCCAGAUGUCAUAGUGUGGUUUCCGGGCUCCAAUGACCCCAGCGAGGACCCCUCCUUUGUUCAUGCCUGGUGGAGGGACGUAAAAUUGAGCACAGCCACAAGCCAUAUUUUGUCAUCCCAUCUCAAGCCACCAGCUCCUCUCCCAGAGAAUUCACCUCCUGAUCCCAACCACAAAGCUAAGUCUGUUCCUCAGUUCCUCUUGAAGCUUUUCUCUAGGCCACCCGAGGGCAGAUACGUCUCCUGUUUAUCCUGUCCUGGCCCCUGUGCUAAAUAAUUUAUGCAGUACAGAAGUUGCCAGUUUCAACACCUGUCUGGUACUUCUGGUGUCUUGUGAGCUCACCCAGGAGAAUUCCCCCCCCCCCCCCAGCGAGGACAGCAGGGGACAAGGGGCACGCAAGCCCAGGAGCCCUUACCGAUGCGCAGCAUGAAGUUGUUGAAGGACUGGUGGUUGAUGUUCGUGAGCGUAUCCUUCAUGGCCAGAGCGAAGUCGGCCAGGUCAGCCAGGUGCUGCCAGCGCUCCUUGUCUGACUUCUCCUCCUGGGCCGGGGAGCAGCGGCGAGAGCGUCAGGGCCGGCAUCGGCACCUUCCUCCCCUUCACGGCAUUCUGGAGGCGAAUUCCUACCCCUUGUUGUCAGAAGCCCUAUUCUCCACUUCUCACAAGUGAGUCUGACCUCUACCGUGGCUUGCCAUUGACAGUUCCCCUGGAUCCCUUAGGGUUCCCAGGUGGGAAGACCAAUCCUGGCCAGCUGCGUCACUUCCCGUCUGCCAAGUAGCUGAUCAGGCGGCCUCCCUCAUCAUCACCUGCCUGAACCUGGUCUCUCAAGUUUGGGAUGGUUCUCAUUUUGAUUCCUUAGAGAUUAUAAGCCCUUGCAGGUCAGGACCCAUCUUAGACAACGUUUCUUUAGCCUCAUCCAUAAAAUGGAAAUGGUAGUAGUACUUACAUCACAUAGGAUGGUAGUAGUAUAACACAGAUUAAUAGUUUAGGAAUUGCUGUUGGGACCGGGCCCCACAGCUCCUUUCCUCCUGAACAGCUAGCUCUGUGGGUCUGAUACAACCAAAGAACAGGCUGAAGACCCUUUUCUAAGAGAACUACUCUCAACCUGGAUGUUUUCAUUGUUACAUAAUUGCCUGGAUGGUUGCUACUCCCCAGUUCUUUCUAAAGUCUAGAGCAUGCAGGGAGCAUGGCCACGGUUAGAGCAGGUAGGUCUGGCCUAAGCUGGGCCCCAGCGGGGGGCUUGUGAAUCCUAUUCUUUCUCUGCUCAUUACACUUUGCCAGUAAACCUGAUUUUAAAUUUGCA